AUAAACAGAGUGUGGCAGCUCUAUAACGGCACUGUACUUCAACAACCUCAACUUCCAUUCACUUCCACCCCGCCCAGCCAGCAUUGUUUCCAUCGAAACUCCGAUCUUCCACCACCAUGCAAGCCACCCAACUCGCCGUCUUCCACCCCUCACCUCUCGACCCCCUCCGCAGACCUCCUUCCACCGCCGGCUCAUUGUUCCCCACUUACAAUGCCAAACAACCCAAGAAACACCCCUUCACCAUAUCCUCCUCCGCCUCUGCCUCUACAGUUUCGGCCCCCAAACGCGAGACUGAUCCCAAGAAACGCGUGGUCAUCACGGGUAUGGGACUCGUUUCUGUAUUCGGCAACGACGUAAAUGCAUACUAUGAAAAACUGCUUGCUGGUGAGAGUGGAAUCACUCUAAUUGACCGCUUCGACGCAUCGAAAUUCCCUACUCGAUUCGGGGGGCAAAUUCGCGAUUUCAAAUCCGAGGGAUACAUUGAUGGGAAGAACGACCGGAGGCUGGAUGAUUGUCUCAGAUACUGCAUUGUAGCUGGCAAAAAAGCUCUAGAAAACGCGGAUCUUGGGGUUGGUAGACUUGACAAGAUUGAUAAGGUUCGAGCUGGUGUUCUGGUUGGAACAGGAAUGGGUGGUCUUACAGUUUUUUCUGAUGGUGUUCAGGCUCUAAUAGAAAAAGGUCACAGGAAAAUAACUCCGUUUUUCAUACCUUAUGCUAUAACAAACAUGGCAUCUGCUUUACUUGCAAUUGAUCUUGGUUUGAUGGGCCCAAAUUACUCGAUUUCAACUGCUUGCGCUACCUCAAAUUAUUGCUUCUAUGCGGCUGCAAAUCACAUCCGUCGAGGUGAGGCAGAUAUAAUGGUCGCUGGUGGAACUGAAGCUGCCAUUAUUCCUAUAGGAUUGGGAGGUUUUGUUGCAUGUAGAGCUUUGUCUCAAAGAAAUGAUGAUCCAAAAACUGCUUCUAGGCCUUGGGACAAAGAUCGAGAUGGUUUUGUUAUGGGUGAAGGUGCUGGAAUUUUGGUGAUGGAAAGUUUGGAUCAUGCGAUGAAACGAGAUGCACCUAUAAUUGCAGAGUACUUGGGAGGUGCAGUAAAUUGUGAUGCUUAUCAUAUGACUGAUCCUAGAGCUGAUGGACUUGGCGUCUCGUCAUGCAUCCAGAGCGCCCUUGAAGAUGCUGGCGUGUCACCUGAGGAGGUUAACUACAUUAAUGCUCAUGCAACCUCCACCAUAGUAGGUGACCUAGCUGAGGUAAAUGCUAUUAAGAAAGUUUUCAAGAACACUUCGGAGAUCAAAAUGAAUGCAACUAAGUCAAUGAUAGGGCACUGUCUUGGAGCUGCUGGAGGUCUGGAAGCAAUUGCAACAGUGAAAGCCAUUAUGACAGGAUGGCUGCAUCCAACCAUAAAUCAAUUCAACCCCGAGCCUGCUGUGGAGUUUGAGACUGUUGCAAACAAAAAACAGCAGCAUGAAGUCAAUGUUGCUGUUUCAAAUUCAUUUGGAUUUGGUGGGCACAAUUCUGUCGUGGCCUUUUCUGCAUUCAAGCCCUGAUCCUGAUCCUACUCAAAACAUGUUUCUUAUUGCAAGAUCAAUCUUACUCAAAUGAGUUCCAAGUGAAUCUUUGUUGAACGGCUUCUCCACCAUGCUAGUUUGCUCCACCAGCAUAUAGAGACUCUCUAUUUAUUGUAGAAAAAUUGAGGAUAAUCUUCACUAUUUUUCCCCUUGAUCAAUAGAAACUUCAAUGGCUGAUGUUGGUGAAUUUCGCUUCUUUUCCCAGUAGUGGAUGUAUAUCUCUGCAUGUUUACAAAACUUAGGACAUUUCUUGUUUUUCAUUUUUCAAAGAGUGCAUUUAAAUCUUUGUAUAAUUCAGAAUUAUUGGUCCUAUGGGGUAAAUAAGAUCUAUCAGUAAAGAUUAUAUAUA